AUGGCGGCCGAGGUGUCGACGUCGAGUGACGCGCUCGAUAUCCGCCUCGAGCUGACCUGGUCGGGCGUUCGCGACCAGCGCAGCCACACGGGCACGUGGCUGGACACGUUCGCCGUCUACUCGGUGAGCGACGGCCCGGAUCGAGCUGUCUUCCGCGAGCUGGACCGUUCCAAACCAGGCAAGGACUGCGCGGCCGUCUUCGCCACCUCGUACUGCUUCGGCGAGACGCACCUGCUGCUCUUCGAGCUGUUCAGCGUGAACCGCAUAUCCAAAGCGAACGAGCCCAUAGGUCGCGCUGUGUGCGGCGCCAUUGACAUGCUCGUCUACCUGGACACGCCCUACACGCGGACUCUGGUGGACAGGAAAGGAGCCAAGGUACCCGGCAGCAUCACGGUGGUUCCCCGCGCCGCCAGUCACCCGGGCGGUUUUGUGGCGCUCGAGUUCUCGGCCCGCUCGCUUCCGGUCAAGAAGCUGUUCCGCUCGAGCGACCCCAUGCUGGAGCUCUGCGCCCAGGACGGCAACGCGGUCCUCGUCACCGAGGUGGUCUCGCGCAACCGGACGCCGCGCUGGAAGCCGCAGGUGGUCAACUCCGACCGCUUUCCCGGCGGCGUUCUGAAGGCUCGCUGCUACGACGUGAGCCUGACCGGGGAGCGCACCUUAAUCGGCCAGGCGAUCGUGCUGCUCGACGAGGUCGAGACCGGCACCGUGCUCCCGCUAGAGGUGCCCGCGGUCGCGGCGGCGGGUCUUGAGCCCAGCUUGGGUGACGAGCUGCCCGCGCUGCUCGUGGAGCGGUGUCGCCAGUUUCCCUGGACGCUCAUCGACUACCUGCACGGCGACUUCUCGCUGCACUUCGCCUUCGUGGUGGACCUGAGCUCCUCGAACGGCGACCUGAGCGCCGGAAGCGAGAUGCGGCGCCAGUACGAGUCGGUCAUCCUCGCGUUCGACGACGUCGUGCAGCAGUUCGACGAAGACCAGCUCCUGCCGGCGCUGGCCUUCGGCGCCCGCUCCUCAGCCGGUUUGAUCAGCGAACCUUUCGCAUUCCUCUCGGCCAAGGGACAGCCUCGCGUCAACGGCGUUCAGGGAGUGCUGGAGGCGUACACCCAGAGCCUCGAACGGCUGCUCCCGUCCGAGCCUUCGGAACUGGCGCCUGCCCUGAUGUACCUGGCCCAGCUUUCGCAACCGGCCCGGUAUCACGUGGUGCUGGUCCUAACGGACGGCCGACUGGACUACGGGCUGAGCACGCUGGACUGCCUGGCGAAGGCGUCGACGUGCGCCAUGUCCGUCGUGCUCCUGGUGAUCGGCGAAGAAGGCUGCAGCCGCGCGCUUCGCCGGGACUUGCUGUCGCGCCGUCGUGCGGGCUUACGAGAGUGCGUGCACGUACUCGAAGUGGCACCAUACCGCGACCGCAUGCACUUGCUGCCGCGAGAGGCGCUGGUCGCAGUGCCGGAGCAGGUGGUGCAGUUCCUGGCGCUCAACGACGUCGAGCCCGCACUUGGCGUCCAGUGA